AUGGUGAAAAAUGAUCACCACCUGCCUAAUUGUACCAACACCAAUGAAAAUACUCGUUAUCACACAAAUUCAUCUGCAAAUAUCGUCGAUAAUUCUCCUGAAUAUCAUUAUGAUCCACAAUCAAAUAUGCACUUCAACUAUCUGAAUAAUCAACAACAAAAUCGUAAAAAUCGUGUUCCUCCACCUACUACAACUAAUCUUAGAAUGUUAGAUUCUCCUGCACAGUCUCCUUGUAGACGUAUGCGUGAACAAGAUGAUGAUGAAUUUAUUACUGUUGUACACAAUAAAAAACGUAAACAAUUAAACAAGGAUUUCGAUGAUCAAUUUGAAGAUCCACAACAGAAGUACAAUAAUCCUAAUGCACCUAUACAACAGCAGACAAGCAUUUACAAUAAUAAUCACAACAAUGAUCCACCACCUCUACUUGCAACACAAUCAUCAUCAAGAACCAUUACUUCUCGUACAAUUUCAAAUUCGAAUCUCAAUCCAAGUCAACCAAAACAACAACAACAAAAUAAAAUUACACCCGAAUCUGCACGUUUUGCACAAACACGUUUUCCCUAUCAACCCUUCAUCAUUCGUUUUACAUCGGGAAACAUUAAAGAUAAACAAGUGGCACAUGAAAUCUCAAAACAUUUUAAAGAUAAUUAUCAUACUGAUAUAUCAAUUUUAAAUAUUCGUCGAUCAAUAAUGAAAUGUCAACAAAAUGAGUAUGACUAUUUGAUCUAUGUCAAAGAUUCAAUUACAUUUUCAUUACUAUUUCAUCAACAAAACUGGCCCCAACGUAUUGGUGGUGAAACCUUUAUAUUUCCUUCCUCACCAUCAUUUCCUGCACAGCUUUCAUUCAUAAUAAAGAAUGUUGACCUACGUAUAAAUCUUGAUGAUUUUGCUGAAGAUUUGAAAGCUACCUAUCCUGAAAUUCAUGCUGUAAUUAGGUUGAAAAAUAAAUUUCAAAAUAAUAUUAGAUUAAUUAAAAUUGAAAUUCUAUCACCAAUGAUUCGUGAGCAAAUAUUAAAUUCUGGUAACAUUCUAGUAAAUAGCAUUACAUAUGACGUGGAGGAAUAUUUAUCACCAGCAAAUGUGUUGAUCUGUUCGAAAUGUAUGGCCAUCGGCCACUUUAAAAAACAGUGUACUCAAAUCAAUGAAACUUGCAAAGUGUGUGGUUUGUCCUGUCCUGAUCUUCGUCAUCACAACUGUUCAUUGGUUAAUAAAUGUGUUCACUGUAAUGAUGAUCACGUUUCAAAUUCAUUUAAAUGUCCUAUAGUUAAAAAUUUUCGUGCAGAAUUAACAAAAAAAUUGUUGUUUUCAAAUCGUAUGUCAUCGUCUUAUGGUUCAACAAAUACUAAUAUUAAUAAUACGUAUAAUUAUGAUGCAACUGCUUUUCCAGUACUUCCUCGUCCACAACAACCAUCACCAUAUUCGAUUACUAAUAAUUCAAUGAUAAAUAAAAUAGAUGAAUUAAUUAGUUCUGUACGUAAAGUAAAUGAUACAUUAGAAAAAUUUUCGAAGAAAAACGAUGAAUUUGAAUUAUUUAUGAACAAUAAAAUUAAAAAUGAUGAAAUAUUAUCUACGAAAAUUGAUCAUUUAAUAGAAAAUGAUGUAGAAUUUAAGAAAAAUAUUAUUCAACAUGAAAUUAAAAUUACACGACACGAAAAUAUAUUUAUAAAAUUAAUUUUACCAAUGAUGGAUGAAAUCAGUAAAUAUUUAUCAAUAAUUAAUAUCGACAAGAAAGGUGGUACAUUAGAUGCUGAUUUUCAAGUUACAAUAAACAGAAUGCGUGUACAAUUGGAAAACGUAACUCAAAAUAAAAACUUCUAAUGUCACUUUCUCCAUAUGCAGUUCCUUUUUUCGACCCCUGUACCCCAAAAAUGACUUCUUUUGAGAGAGAACUCUUCAUUCGUAAAGCACAGGUGAACCUAUCGUAUUUUGAUUUUUCUCUUUGGUCUGAAAUCUUAUUUGAAUGGGAAAGUUCCCCUACACUUACUGCUUGUCUAAAAAGUUGGGAGCCAUAUAGAGUCAUUGAUACGUCUUCAAUUAUUAAUUCUCUUCAUAUUCUAUCAUAUAAUGUUCGAGGUCUUGAUUUGCGUUAUCAGGAAGUAUUACUUCUAUCUAACUCAUUUAAAUUCGAUAUUUUGAUUUUACUAGAAACAGGCUUUUUUGAUUUUUCACACUGCAGACAGGUUUUUUCUAAAUAUAAAGUCUACUAUCAGAGAGGCGAAAAUGCGCAUGGUGAUGUUGUUAUGUUAGUACGAACUGAUUUAAAAGCAGAAAGAGUUGUUUGUGAUUUACCGAACGUGUGUGUAACUGAUAUUCUAGAAGAAAAUGAUAAAAUCAGAAUUGUAGGAGUUUAUGCACCGGAGAGCAAAACAUGGAAGUGGGAGGACCUAUCACCUCUAGUUUCGAGUAAAUGCGUUUUUUAUGGUGAUUUUAACGUAGAUGUAGAAGAGGAUCUGCUUAAGGCUGAGUUACUACUUUCAUGGGCAGAUUCUCACUUUCUUUCACCGUAUAUUCCUGAUUCCAUCACCUCUUUAAGAUCGAACCGUACAAUUGACUAUGCUUUUUCAUGCGGCUUCUCUGUUUCUAUUCAAACGUACGAAGGUGUAGUUUCUAGUGAUCAUAAACCUCUUCUUUCUGUUAUACCAAUAAAAUCUAAAGAAAGUGUUCUUGCACGUAAUAUUCAUUGGAAAGUUUUUUCGUUGUUCAGUGAGUAUGUUUAUCCAUUUUGGGAAAAAAAUUGGUGCUUAAAUAGCGUAAAUAAUGUCUACAACGAUUAUGUAUCUUUUCUCUCUCUUCUUAUCUCACGUUGCACUAUAUUCUUCCCAGUUAACAAAUAUCGUAUUGCUAUUCCACAAGCUCUACGAGCUUAUAUGUCCCACACACGUGCGUUAGCAUAUAGGCAAAAAAGAACAGGCGAUGAAGUAUUAAAGAUCAUAGUUAAACUUAGAAGAAAAAUGGCUAAAAAAGAACUUAAAGUUUUUUUAUUUAAUCAACUAUCUUCUUCUUUAUCAGCACGUAAUACUUCUUCACAUCUUUCUGUUUCUUUUUGGUCUCGUACAAAGAAGUUUAUGAAAUCUACAUCUUCUUCUCUACAUGGUUUUAUUCUUCCCAACGGAGAGAUAGUAAAAGAAGCGGAGAAAAUGUGUGAAUUGAGUGCGGAUCAUUUUGAGAACUUGUUCAAAGAGUCCGAAAAUAUUUAUAGACCGCAUCCAUACACCGAUGCACC